AUGUCAAGCAUGACUCCUGCCAUUACGUCCUUAUUGGACACCGACAUGUACAAGAUUACCAUGCAUGCUGCAGUUUUCACUAACUUCCCAGAUGCUAGAGUAGUCUACAAGUUCACCAAUAGGACUGCACAAUUUCAUUUCAACAAGAGAGCAGUCGAUUGGAUCAAAGAGCAGUUUAGGCUACUAGGCGACCUCACGUUUACACACGAUGAUGUUGAGUAUUUAGCUCGUGAGAUUCCCUUUUUGCCUGCAAAAUAUCUUCAUUACAUUGAGAAUGGGUUCACUUUGAAGCCUGAUGAACAAAUAGAACUAGACUGCCAGGAGAUAAAAGGUAAAGAAGACCAAUAUGACCUUCAUAUCCUAGUGAAAGGUCUGUGGAUUGACACUAUCCUUUACGAGAUUCCAAUACUGGCUUUAUUGUCUGAGGCUUACUUCAAAUUUGUUGACACUGACUGGGAUUAUGAGAACCAACUAUCUAACGCCAAAGAAAAGGCCCUAAGAUUAUUCGAAAACAACCUAUCCUUUAGCGAAUUUGGAACUAGACGUCGUAGGUCUUUCAAGACUCAAGAUUUGGUCAUGGAAGGUAUCAUGCAAGCUGUGAAGGAAAAUCCUGAGAAAUACAGGCCGUUGCUUUUGGGUACCUCUAACAUUUUAUUCGCUAAGAAGUACGGAGUCAAACCAAUUGGUACAGUCGCCCAUGAAUGGAUCAUGGGUAUAGCAUCCAUCACUGGCGAUUAUCCAGAGACUAACAGAAUUGCCAUGGAUUACUGGAUUAAGACAUUUGGCAAAGAGCAUGCAGGCCUUGCCUUGACUGAUACCUUUGGUACCGACGACUUCUUAAAAAGCUUCAAGCCUCCAUAUUCCGAUUAUUACAUUGGUGUUAGACAAGAUUCUGGAGAUCCAAUAAAAUACACAGAAAAGAUUGCACACCAUUUCCAUGAUGUACUGAAACUACCAAAAUUCUCUAAAUUCAUAUGUUACUCAGACUCGCUUAAUAUUGACAAAGCUAUCGAAUAUGGAAAGGUUGCAGAGGCUCAUGGCAUAAAGUCCACCUUUGGCAUAGGUACAAAUUUUACGAAUGAUUUCCACAAAAAGUCCGAUCCUUCUGUCAAAAGUGCACCAUUAAAUAUUGUUAUUAAACUACUAGAAGUGAAUGGUAACCACUCAAUUAAGAUUUCAGAUAAUGCAGGUAAAAAUAUGGGUGACCCAGAUACUGUAAAAAAAGUAAAGGAACAACUGGGAUAUGUUGAACGUCAAUGGGCUGGAGGUAAUGAAGCCCAUCGUUCUGCUGCAUGA